UCAACAUUUCAUCCUCACUCCAUCAUAGUAAUAACAACAAGAGAGAAGACGUAUUUUCAUUAUGGCCACUAUAGCUAGUCGAAGUGAUUUUAUUGUUGGUUCCAAAUAUCGUUUAGUUAGAAAAAUAGGUUCUGGUUCCUUUGGUGAUAUAUAUCUUGGAAUAAAUGUAACCAAUGGUGAAGAAGUAGCCGUUAAAUUGGAAUCAAUUAAAGCAAGACAUCCUCAGCUCCUCUACGAAUCUAAAUUAUAUAGAGUAUUGGCUGGUGGUGUAGGCAUCCCACAUAUACGAUGGUAUGGCCAAGAACGAGAUUACAAUGUUCUAGUAAUGGAUCUGUUAGGUCCUUCUUUAGAGGAUCUAUUCAAUUUCUGCUCCCGUCGUUUUACUAUGAAAACUGUUCUAAUGCUUGCUGAUCAAAUGAUAGGAAGAAUUGAGUUUGUGCACAACAAGAACUUCAUUCAUAGGGAUAUAAAACCUGAUAAUUUUCUUAUGGGCAUUGGUCGUCAUUGUAAUAAAUUGUUUCUCAUUGACUUUGGUUUGGCAAAAAAAUAUAGAGAUAGCCGUUCUCGGCAACAUAUUGCUUACCGAGAAGACAAAAAUUUGACGGGUACAGCUCGGUAUGCCUCUAUUAACGCUCACCUUGGUAUCGAGCAAAGUCGUAGAGAUGAUAUGGAAUCAUUGGGCUAUGUGCUAAUGUAUUUCAACCGAGGGUCACUUCCUUGGCAAGGUCUUAAGGCUGCCACUAAAAAGCAAAAAUAUGAAAAAAUCUCUGAAAAAAAGAUGUCAACGUCUAUUGAUAUGCUAUGUAAAGGUUUCCCAGCCGAGUUUUCUAUGUAUUUGUCUUAUUGUCGAGGCUUACGAUUUGAAGAGGCGCCCGAUUACAUGUAUCUUCGUCAACUAUUCCGCAUACUAUUUCGUACCUUAAACCACUCAUAUGAUUAUAUUUUCGACUGGACAAUGUUGAAGCAAAAAGCGGCUGCCACCAUCGCUGGAGCAUCUUCAUCGCAAAAUGUAACUGCAACUGGAGCCACGGGUGGCCGUUAGAGAUGAUUAAAACAAAUUGUUUGAAGGAGAAUCAAAUCUGUAAUCUGCUUAAUAACAUACAAACACACAAACACACUUGAAUCCGAUGUUACCAUGUAUAAACGAAAACAAUAUUGUAUUCACAAUUGUAAUCAACUUCUUUCUCAACUCUCUCUCUCUCUUUCUCCUCUUUUUCUCUAUCUUUUUCUCGACUAUCUAUCCCAUAGUCACACAAACCACACACCACACUACACAUACAAACAUAAACACACCAACAGGAUAAACAAAAAACACUAUGUGCUUCAGCUCAUCUUGGUAGAUUUGAAUGAAAACAAAAUCUAUUACUACACCAACACAAUAGCCAUCUUCAAAAAACAAAAUUAAAACCAGUGAGCACGCAUCUUCAUCAUAUUAUCAUCGUUACCUUUUCAUCACAAUUAUCAUCAACCAACCAACAACCAGCAACAACAAGCAAACAAACAACUUUAAGUUUGAAUUUUUUUUCUCUUCAUUUCUAUUUUCUCUCACUUCUCUUUUGAGAGUGAUUAAAUGCUUUUCAAGAUAACACAAAAUCAAAUAAUCUUUUCGUUUUAUCAUCCAUUUUCGUUCUCUCUCCCUCUCCCUCUCCAUCUCUCUCUCUCUCUCUCUCUUUCCUUGCCUCUCUCGCUCUUUCUCUUUCUCUUCCUCUUUCUCUACAUCAAACAUCAUAUACAUUUUUUCAUCAACCAUCUCCAUCGAUUUCAUCAAGAUAUAAAUGCACAUCAUCUUCAUCCUUCAUCACCGUCUCAUGAUCAACGUACCAACAUCAUCAACAACUAUGGAUCCUAAAACAAAAAAAACUGAUCACAUUAACAAAUUAUGUGUCUCACUAACAUCAAACCAUCAAAAUCCUCAAAAAAUAGAUAAACAAACUAAAUUAUUGAUACUAUCACAGUGAUGAUGAUAAUUAUGAUGAUAAUGAUGAUGGUGAUUAUUAUUAUUAUUAUUGCUUAUUAUACUUGUUCUCUCUCUCUCUCUUGGCUGUUGCCAAUUAAUAAUAAUAAUAAUAAUUGAUUCUGAUGCCUCUUA